ACAGUCCCCGCAAGUGCUGUCCACCCCCAGGAGCAGGCAGCGCCGCCAUGUGCAGCCCGGGCAGCGAGCGGCCUGGCAGGGAGGGCGUGUCCCAACUCCACGCGUUCUGGUUGUAUCAGCUCCAACAUGGGAACCAGCUAAGGAUCUGCUUCCCUUGCUUUAAGCUCCUCUUCCUGAGCUUUAAGGAGUCCUUGGAGUCGGGAGACUGGGAAGAGGAGGACUCGGACCCUGAGCCGGUGCAGCACCCCUGGGCGGGGCCAGAGGAGGUGCCGUCCCUGGGGAUGGGGCCCAGCGGGUGGCAGGGCGUAGGUCAGCCCGAACAGGGUGAGCUUGGGGACUGGGGCUCGGACACCCUGGCGUCAGACCCUGAUGAGUCCGAAGAGCCGGGCCUGAUGCCCACCGAGGUGACCCCUCAAAACGCGGCACCCCUGGGCCUGGGUCCCGAGCAUGCUGACUGGACCCAGGGUCUUCCCUGGAGAUUUGGGGGGGUUCCUACCUGCUCCCACUGGCCGAGACCCUAUGUCUUACCGCAUAAUUGUCUCAAAGAGGCCGUGCCCCCAGGGGAGCCCAUGCUGUUGGAGCUGGUGGCCACCCGGGAGGUGGACCUUGCUCAGGCCGACAGCUGGCUGCUGAGCCUGCAGGCCAUGGCCAUGGUGGGCGGCCCCGCCGGCACCUACCUCCGGCACAUGUCCCCGCGGUGGAUCCGGAGGACCCCGGGGCAGCGCUGGGGCGUGCUGCUGGAGCCUGACCUGUGUGUGCUGCAGCUCCAGAGCGCGGCCCCGGGGCAGGACCUGAGCCCGUGGCGGCUGAGCCUCCUGGAGAUCUCCCCGGCAGGCUACGGGGCCCAGCUGGUCCCUGCGGGCACGGCCCUGCUCAUGAGGGGGCUCCGGGAGAAGGCAGCCCUGCGGGUCUGGUCACCGGGUGCUGUGGGCGGGAAGAAGCUCUUGAUUGGCAGCUUCUGCUGGUCAGUGACCCAUCUGGAGGCUCCCACAUUCCUGCAGUUCAGGGAGCGCUCGCCCCUUCCAGUGAAGGAAGCAGGUCUUGGGCCCCCUGCCCGGCUCUUACUGCUGCGUGAGGGUUAA